AUGGAGGUUGUCGCCUCCGCAGGGGCUGCGACAAAUGGCGUGUCGACGCCAAACCCGGUGUCUCUAGUCGAUCCGAAUGUGCUCAUACACUAUUUGGUAGAGGUGCUCCAGGUGACACUGGGGGCUUCAAGGGCGGACCUGGAAAGCACGGGGAGCCUGCUAUCCAAGGCGAAGUACAAUGAGACGGCUCAGCGGUGUUUGCGAUUUGCGUCGGAGUCGCAGGUUGCUCUCUACGUGCAGAAGGAUGUUGUCGAGUCUGAAGAGACUGAUGGAGCAGACGACGGCAGCGCUCUAUCAGAGCAAUAUUUGUACAGUUUGUCGAAUGAGGUCCUUGUUUCCGCCACAACCGCGGCGUCUGUCGUCUUCUUCAAACGGUCGGUGACCCUGGACCCGGCCUUACCCAUCACAUCGCAGGUCCAGGUGAUGAAUCUUGCGGGUCCUGCUUCCGCCAAUGGUUCCGGUGCCCAGCAGAGCGUUUCGGUUCUACCUAUCGAGGCCGUACAUUCCGCCAUCCACAUCGGUCUCAAGCCGAUAUUCGACGCGUACACCCGAACCCACGAGAUCCCCGGUGCUUCUAAAACCAAAUCCGAUGUGGAGGCGAAGACGGGCGUCCCCGGUGCGAAUAGGAGGUUCGCGGAGCUGGAGCUUGCCCUACGACACUUGCAGCAGAAUGUCGAAAUUCCCGCCCUCAAUCUACCGCUUCACGAGGUUGUGCAGGCGGCACUGGACGAGGCGGAGGCCAGAGGUAUCAAGCCCUCUGUGGAACUGAUUCCCCCGACCGUUCUCGAGAGCAGCGCGUUUAUCAAUAGCAUCCAAGCAACCGUUAAUGGCUGGAUCAGGUCUAUCCAGACGAUCACCAAGAUGUCGCGCGAUGCGGACAGCGACUCGGCUGCCCAGGAAAUAAACUUUUGGUUGUCGAUGGAGACCGCGCUUGAAGGCAUCGAGAAUCAGCUGCGUGGAGAUGGCGUUCAGUUGACCAUGGAUAUCCUUCGCCAUGCCAAACGUUAUCAGGCAACCCUCAGUUUCGUAGCCGAUACGGGCCUGCGCGAGGCUACUGACAUGGUCCAGAAGUACAAUCAGCUGAUGCGAGACUUCCCUCUCGACGAGCUCCUGUCGGCUACUACGCUGCAGAAGGUACAAGAGUCGCUGGGUCUCAUCUUCAACCACUUGAACAAGAAGUUGAAAAUCUGCCCAUACCCGAUCAAACGCGCCCUUUCCCUCGUUGAGGCCAUCUCCGGGGACCUCGAUACUCAGAUCCAUGAACGCCUCAAUGGCCGAACUAUCAUGCACCUGGAUUACCGCGAGUUCAGAUCGUUGAUGAAGACGGCGGGCGCCAUCUGGCGGACUUGGGAUGAAAAUCUCAAGGAGUUCACCAACGUCGCCCGUGAUGCUAUGCGACGCCGGAAUGAGAAGUUCAUUCCGAUCAAGAUCGUGGCACGUCAUGAAAAGAUUCAGGAGCGAUUGAAAUAUAUCAAUACUUUCAGAGUCAACCAUGAACAGCUUCAACGGACAAUCGUGAACGUUCUCGGUCCCAAGACCACGACUACCGGAGACGCUCCGAAUGGCGCCAACGCCGAUGGAACCGUGAUCGUCGAGGAGAUUGGCGAUGUGGACGCGGUGGAAGAAGUCGCCCAGGCCUACGCUGCCCUGAAAAAUAGAGAUGUGCUGGACGUAUCUCCCCAAGGGACGCAGAAUUGGAUCCAGGAAGAGAUUGCCUACAAUGAACGGACCUCUCGCGUUGAAAACUCGAUCAUCGCCAGACUUCGUGAUCGCCUUGCUACUGCAAAGAAUGCCAAUGAAAUGUUUCGUGUAUUCUCGAAAUUCAACGCGCUCCUCGUUCGCCCCAAGAUCAGAGGAGCCAUUGGCGAAUACCAGACCCAGUUGAUCGACAAUGUCAAACAUGACAUUUCUGGUCUGCACGAGCGCUUCAAGCAGCAGUAUGGCCAUUCCGAGGCACACGCCAUGGCCCAGCUGCGAGACUUGCCUCCCGUCUCCGGUGCAAUUGUCUGGGCCCGCCAGAUCGAGCGGCAACUGGAUGGAUAUAUGCGGAAGGUCGAAGAUGUUCUCGGCGAAGACUGGCACCUACACUCUGAAGGCCAGAAGCUUCAGUCUGAGGGCAACCUGUUCCGGAAGAAGCUCGACACACGACCAGUGUUCGAAUCCUGGCUUCAUGAUGUGCAGCGACGACACAUCACCAUCUCCGGCCGGCUCUUCAACAUCAACCGCAACCGUGCGGCUGGCAACACCCUGGAAUUGAGUGUCAACUUUGACGCCCAAAUUAUUGCCCUUUUCAAAGAGGUUCGCAACUUGAUCUGGCUUAACUUCCAGGUUCCCCAUGCCGUCAGCAAUAUCUCCAAAGAGGCGAAGCGCGUCUAUCCUUAUGCCAUCAGUCUGAUGGAGAGCGUCAGGACCCUCCUACAGACCCACCGCUCGAUCUUAUCCAUGACUGAUGUUGCCAUACUGCUCAAUGGAUAUCUAAACGACGCGCAAGGCAUGGUUGUCAAGGGUAUUCCGCUUCGAUGGGAGUCCUUCGUGCACUCCUAUGAGUUACACGUUAAGCAAUCUACCUUGACAAAUGGGCCGAUCGACCCUUCGGCGGGCAGCAGAGGCGAGAGCAAACACGUCCAGUUUGUUCGUGAAUUUGCUGGUUCUGCGUCCAUUCUACAGUCCAAGACGUCAACUUUGUCCUCUAUCAACGAGAGCAUCCAAAAGGCUAUCCUGGAGCUGAAAACAUGCCCAUACGAAGCUGCCGCGUUCAAGCAGCAUCUCGAUAACAUUCAAGUCGCAGUUGACAAGCUCAACCUCGAGAACUACGUGAAUCUCGGGUUCUGGGUCGCGAACUUGAACUCGAAGAUCGAGUCCAUUCUUCGUGAUCGGCUCCAUCGCGCAAUCCGUGAAUGGAUCGCAUCAUUCCAGGAAGCGAAGAACGAGAAGUACCCCGAUCGGAUCUCCAGUCACGCCAAUAACUUCUCAACCGGUGAGAACGAGGUCGUGGCUUACAAGAUCGAAUUUCCACAGCUUCUUCAUGAGAUCUCGAUGCGAAACCAGGUCCUCCACCUUGAUCCACCCCUGCAAUUUGCGCGAGCAAGUUGGUUCGCACACUUCGACGAAUGGCUUGGAGUCAUCUGCAACCUGGAAAAGAUCAAGUCCUCUCGCUAUCAGAUUUCGAUAGACGUCCAGAAAGUCCAGCUUUCAGAGGUUUGCUUCGCCACGCUGCCGCAGUACUGCACCAAAGAGCUAAACGAAGUCUAUACCGCGGUCGAGUCUCGUCUAAAGGAGGUAUCGGAGUAUGUCGACAAGUGGCUACAGUUCCAGUCGCUGUGGGACUUGCAGUCUGACCAAGUCUACGACAUUUUGGGCGAUGAUCUGUCGCAAUGGCUCCAGCUCUUACAAGAGAUCCGCAAGAGCCGAGCAACCUUUGAUACGUCUGAAGUUAGCCGCGCCUUUGGCACCAUCAGAAUCGACUACGAGCAAGUGCAAACCCGCGUGAAUGCCAAAUACGAUCAGUGGCAGCACGAGAUCCUUCUUAAGUUUGGCUCAAAGCUCGGCGGCCGCAUGAGAGAGGUUCACGCCGAGAUUGCCGCUGCUCGCCGAGACCUAGAGGGUCAAACCCUGGAGGCUUCCUCAACCGCACACGCAGUCUCCUUCAUCACGAUCGUCCAGCAAUGUAAACGAAAGGCCAGAAUCUGGGAGCCAGAGGUCGACCUUUUCCGUCAGGGCCAGACAACAUUGUCUCGUCAACGAUAUCAGUUCCCCAGUGACUGGCUUCACGUGGAGAACGUCGAUGGCGAAUGGGCAGCUUUGAACGAAUUGUUGGUCCGGAAGAGCAAGAUCGUCCAGGACCAGACUGAAGGAUUACGCGCGAAGAUCAUCGCAGAGGACAGGGUCAUAGGUGACAAGAUUGCGGAGAUCAUCAGUCAGUGGAACGACGAGAAGCCUGUAUCAGGUACCAUCCCGCCAGAAGAGGCCUCGCGCAUUCUGAGCUCCUUCCAAUCCCGUCUGGAAGGCCUUCAGUCCGAGUUCGAAAUGGUUUCCAAGGCGAAGGAAGCCCUCGAUCUCCCUGCAAGCACGGAGUCUUCCCUGCCCGCCAUGCUGGAGGAGGUACAAGACUUUAUGUCCGUGUGGGCGGCUCUCUCAACCAUCUGGAAGAGUCUCAAUGAUCUCCGAGACGGUCUUUGGACAAGUGUGCAGCCGAGGAAGCUCCGCCAGUCUCUUGAUGGCCUGAUCAAGAUGACCAAGGAAAUGCCCAGCCGGAUGCGUCAAUAUGCUGCCUUUGAACACAUCCAAAACGUGCUCCGACAGCUCUUGAAAGUCAAUACAUUGCUCUCCGACAUGAAGUCCGAGGCGGUUCGGGAAAGACAUUGGCAAAAGAUCUACAAGGCUCUCAAACCAGGCAAGCGGUUCUCCCUCGUCUCCCUCACUCUUGGCGAUGUCUGGGAUCUUCAGCUUGUGUCCAGCGAAACCGUAAUUCGCGACAUUAUUGCCCAGGCCCAGGGAGAAAUGGCUCUGGAGGAGUUUUUGAAAUCCGUCCGCGAGACCUGGCAAAACUACUCCCUGGACCUCGUCAACUACCAGAACAAGUGUCGCCUCAUUCGUGGAUUUGACGAUCUCUUCGCCAAAUGCAGCGAGAAUCUCAAUUCCCUGCAAGCCAUGCGUCAUUCCCCGUACUAUAAAGAGUUUGAAGAGGAGGCGACCUCUUGGGAAGACAAGCUCAACCGUGUCCACGUUCUAUUCGAUGUCUGGAUUGAUGUUCAACGCCAGUGGGUCUACCUGGAAGGCGUCUUCACCGGUAACGCGGAUAUCAAGCAUCUUCUUCCCUUGGAAUCAAGCCGCUUCCAGAACAUCAAUUCUGAAUUCUUUGCGGUGAUGAAGAAAGUUUACAAGUCUCCCUUUGUACUGGAUGUCCUAGCUAUUAAUGGUGUCCAAAAGUCGCUGGAAAGAUUGGCGGAGCUUCUGAACAAGAUCCAAAAGGCGCUUGGCGAGUAUCUCGAGCGAGAGCGUGUCUCCUUCCCUCGGUUCUACUUUGUCGGUGAUGAGGACUUGUUGGAGAUCAUUGGUAACAGCAAUGACGUUCUCCGCGUUGCCAAGCACUUCAAAAAGAUGUUCGCCGGCUUGUCUGGUUUGCUCAUGGAUGAUGAAAGUAACAUCGUGGGUUUCACUUCCAAAGAAGGCGAAGAGGUGCGACUGAAGAAGGAAGUGAACCUUGUCAAGACUCCUCGGAUCAACGACUGGCUGAGUGCGCUGGAGGCCAGCAUGAAGUCGACUUUAGCUGAGCUGCUGGCCGAAGCUGUUGAGCAGUUCGACACGCUGUACAACGCCCCAGAUGUCGACCGCACCGCAUUCAACGAUUUUCUCGCUAAUUACCCUGCCCAGAUUGUUGUGCUUGCCAGUCAAGCUGUCUGGACUGGUGCCGUGCAGAAGUCUCUGGAGAAUGACGGCAGCAACCUUCAGGCGUUAUACGAGGCGGAAGUCAGAAUCCUGGAGCUGCUUGCAUCCACUGUCCUUGGAGAGCUGGAUGCCAUCAGCCGGAAGAAGUGUGAGCAUAUGAUCACAGAAUUCGUCCAUCAGCGAGAUGUCAUCUCCAAACUCAUCCAGUUCAACGCCUCGUCCCCGACCCAUUACCUAUGGCUCCUCCAGAUGCGCUAUGUCUACCGCAACGAAGGCGAUUUCUUGCAACGCCUGUACGUCCACAUGGCUAAUGCCAAACUAAAUUAUGGGUUCGAGUAUCUUGGUGUUCCCGAGCGCCUGGUCCGCACGCCUCUCACGGACCGCUGUUUCUUGACUCUCACGCAGGCCUUGUGCCAGAGACUGGGUGGCUCGCCUUACGGGCCUGCCGGUACUGGUAAAACGGAGUCUGUCAAGGCCCUGGGUCUGCAACUGGGUCGCUUUACUCUUGUCUUCUGCUGUGACGACACCUUUGAUUUCCAGGCAAUGGGUCGCAUUUUCCUCGGUAUCUGCCAAGUCGGUGCUUGGGGUUGUUUCGACGAAUUCAACCGUUUGGAGGAAAGAAUCCUGUCGGCCGUGUCUCAGCAGAUCCAGAAUAUUCAGAUCGGUUUGCGAAAGGGGACCGACGACCCCAAAGCCCAGAUCGAACUCGUUGGCAGACGCCUGUCUGUCAACCCAAACACUGGAAUCUUCAUCACCAUGAACCCCGGUUAUGCGGGCCGUUCGAACUUGCCCGAUAACUUGAAGAAGUUGUUCAGAAGCGUGGCGAUGUCAAAGCCCGAUAAAGAACUCAUUGCCGAAGUGAUGCUUUUCUCUCAAGGUUUCAAACAGGCCAAGCCUCUCUCUAAGCAAACAGUGCCAUUCUUCGACCAUUGCGCCGCGAAGCUAUCGAAACAGGCCCAUUACGACUUUGGUUUGCGUGCUUUGAAGAGUGUCCUUGUUAGUUCUGGUGGUCUCAAGCGUACGCGCCUAGCCAGCACAGAGGGCGAACUGGGCCCCGAGGCAAUUGUCGAACCCCAAAUUAUAGUCCAGAGUCUUCGGGAGACGAUUGCUCCAAAGUUAGUCCGUGAGGACGUUGACAGAAUGCUCGAGAUCCAAAGAGAAGACUUCCCAGGUGUGGAGUAUAUUCCGGCUGAUUUCGAGAAACUCACCGAGGCCAUCCGUGAUAUUGCCAAGGAACAACACAUCGUUGACAGUGAAACCUGGACCACCAAGGUGUUACAACUUCACCAGAUUCAGACCAUUCAUCAUGGUGUCAUGAUGGUCGGUAAAUCAGGCUCUGGAAAGUCCGCAGCGUGGAAGAUCCUUCUGCAGGCGCUUCAACGGAUCGAAGGCGUUGAAGGCGUUUCCCAUAUCAUCGACUCCAAGGUCAUGUCCAAGGAAGCACUGUAUGGUAGUCUGGACAGCACCACGAGAGAAUGGACGGACGGUCUUUUCACUGGCAUCCUCAGAAAGAUUGUUGACAACUUGCGAGGGGAGGACAGCAAACGCCACUGGAUCGUGUUCGACGGUGAUGUCGAUCCUGAAUGGGUCGAAAAUUUGAACAGUGUGCUCGACGAUAAUAAGCUGCUGACGCUUCCCAACGGAGAACGUCUCAACCUGCCUCCCAAUGUUCGCAUCAUGUUCGAGGUCGAGAGUCUCAAGUAUGCUACACUGGCUACUGUUAGUCGUUGCGGUAUGGUCUGGUUCAAUGACGACACGGUCACUCCGGCCAUGAUGGUCAGCAAUUAUGUGGAAUCACUGAAGACCAAAACAUUUGAAGACUUGGAUGACGAUAGUGUUCCCGCUGGUCAGGCUUCAGUUAAGACUCAGGAUGUCCAAGAUAUGCUAUCAACCAUCCUGAAGCAGCUUCUGCAGACCGAUGACCUUAUUCUCAAGACCCUUGAGGAGGCGCAGAAAUAUAACCACAUCAUGGAGUUCACCAGUAUCCGAGCCCUCAAUACAUUAUUCAGUCUGCUGAACAAAGCAUGCCGGGAUGUUCUCGAAUAUAACAUCCAACACGUUGAUUUCCCGCUUGACUCCGACCAGAUCGAAUCCUACAUGUCGAAGAAGCUGCUUCUUGCCCUGGUCUGGUCGUUCACGGGUGACUGUCCACUGGGAGACCGUAAAGCUUUUGGAGAGUACAUCACGGCAUUCACAACGAUCGACACCCCCCCGCUUGGAGACACAUCUCUUAUCGACUUCGAUGUUUCCCUGCCAAAGUCCGAGUGGACCACCUGGCAAUCACAGGUGCCUUCUGUUGAGAUCAAUACGCACUCCAUAACGCAGACAGAUGUCAUCAUCCCAACAGUCGAUACAGUUCGACACGAAGAUGUCCUCUAUUCCUGGCUUGCAGAGCACAAGCCUUUGCUGCUUUGUGGUCCCCCGGGUUCGGGUAAAACGAUGACACUUUUUGCUGCACUGCGAAAGCUCCCCAACAUGGAAGUCGUCGGCCUGAACUUCUCCAGCGCGACUACCCCAGACCUGCUGAUCAAGACCUUCGAACAGUACUGCGAGUACAGGAAGACUUUGAAUGGCGUUGUCAUGUCGCCAAACCAGAUUGGUCGCUGGCUUGUCAUUUUCUGUGAUGAAAUUAACCUUCCGGCUCCUGAUCGCUAUGGUACUCAGAGAGCUAUCUCCUUCUUGAGGCAGUUGGUCGAACAGAACGGGUUCUGGAGAACAUCUGACAAAACCUGGGUUACUCUGGACCGUAUCCAGUUCGUUGGAGCCUGUAAUCCUCCUACUGAUGCUGGACGUACACCCAUGGGCGAGAGAUUCCUCCGCCACUCCCCGUUGAUCAUGGUCGACUACCCUGGCGAAAUCUCGUUGAACCAGAUCUACGGCACUUUCAACUCGGCGAUCCUGAAGAUCAUUCCUCUGCUUCGAGGCUAUUCUGAGUCUCUUACCAAGGCUAUGGUCCAGUUUUACCUGGAGUCUCAAUCAAGAUUCACACCGAAGAUCCAACCUCAUUACGUCUAUUCUCCUCGUGAACUGACUCGAUGGGUGCGCGGUGUUUAUGAAGCCAUCAAGCCGCUAGAAAGCCUGUCCAUAGAAGGUCUUGUCCGCAUCUGGGCACACGAAGCUCUACGCCUGUUCCAAGAUCGACUGGUCAACGAGGAGGAAAGAAACUGGACUGCAGAUGCCGUGCGACGCAUCGCCUUGGAACAUUUCCCCACGAUUGAUGAGGAGCAGGCUCUGAGGGGACCCAUCCUGUUUUCCAACUGGCUCUCUAAGAACUACGUCCCCGUGGAGCAGGAGCGACUUCGCGACUUUGUCAAGGCCCGUCUCAAGACAUUUUGUGAAGAAGAGGUGGAUGUCCCGCUUGUGCUGUUCAAUGAUGUCUUGGAGCAUGCCCUACGUAUUGACCGGGUGUUCCGUCAACCUCAAGGCCAUCUUAUCUUGAUCGGUGUCAGUGGAAGUGGAAAAACCACGCUGUCUCGCUUCGUGGCCUGGAUGAACGGUCUCAAGAUCUUCCAGAUCAAGGUUCAUGGGAAGUACUCCUCGGAGGACUUUGACGACGACCUGCGCAGCGUUCUGCGCCGGGCAGGUUGCAAAGGCGAGAAGAUCUGCUUUAUCAUGGAUGAAUCAAACGUUCUCGACUCUGGUUUCCUGGAGAGAAUGAAUACCCUUCUUGCCAACGCCGAGGUGCCAGGUCUGUUUGAAGGCGACGAGUUCUCAUCACUGAUGACUGCCUGUAAGGAAGGUGCUCAGAGACAAGGCCUCCUCCUUGAUUCUCAGGAAGAGUUGUACAAAUGGUUCACACAACAAAUCGUCAAGAACCUACACGUUGUUUUCACCAUGAAUCCUCCCGAGGAUGGCUUGUCUUCGAAGGCAGCGACAAGUCCUGCACUAUUCAACCGUUGCGUACUCAACUGGAUGGGCGAUUGGUCAGAUCAGGCUUUAUUCCAGGUCGGCUCCGAGCUCACCCACUCAGUCGACCUCGACAAACCCAGCUUCAUCGCACCGGACAGCAUUCCUGUGGCCUAUCGUGAGCUGAGUCUCCCUGCGUCCCACAGAGACGCGGUGGUGAACUCAAUGGUCUACAUCCAUUACUCCUUGCAGAAAUUCAACCAACGCCUGCAAAAGCAGCAAGGCAAGACGACCUAUCUCACCCCGCGCCAUUAUCUCGACUUUGUUGCUCAAUACGUGAAGCUUUUCAACGAAAAGCGGGAGGACCUGGAAGAGCAACAGCGACACUUGAAUGUUGGUCUCGAGAAGUUGCGCGACACAGUGGACAAAGUGCGGGAUUUACGUGCUAGUCUUGCUCAGAAGAAGACACAGCUAGAAAAGAAGGAUGCCGAAGCCAACGAGAAGUUGCAACGGAUGGUUGCCGAUCAGCGGGAAGCUGAACAGAGAAAGGCGGCGUCCCUCGAAAUCCAAACGGCGUUGGAGAAGCAGGAACGUGAGGUCGCCGAGCGAAAGGAGGUUGUAUUGAAUGAUCUUGCCCGAGCGGAGCCUGCGGUUUUGGAAGCUCAAAAGAGUGUCAGCAACAUCAAGCGGCAGCAUCUGACCGAAGUUCGAUCGAUGGGUAACCCUCCUGCGAGUGUUCGCCUGGCCCUCGAGGCCGUUUGCACCCUUCUUGGUCACAAGGUCGACAGCUGGAAAACCAUUCAAGGCAUUGUGCGAAAAGACGAUUUCAUCGCAAGUAUCGUCAACUAUGAUAAUGAACGGCAAAUGACGCGGAGCCACAGACUCAAGAUGCAGAAUGAGUUCCUUUCCAAAGAAGACUUCACCUACGAAAGAGUCAACCGUGCCAGUAAAGCUUGUGGUCCACUGGUCCAGUGGGUUGAAGCCCAGGUGAAUUACUCUGAAAUCCUGGAUCGGGUUGGUCCCCUGCGCGAGGAGGUUGAUCAACUCGAAGAGCAAGCUCUGCAAACCAAAGCAGAAGCCCAGGCCAUUGAAAAUACCAUCCAGGGACUGGAAAGCAGUAUUGCAACGUACAAGGCCGAAUAUGCAUCGCUCAUCAGCGAAACUCAGGCUAUCAAGACGGAGAUGUCGCGAGUUCAAUUCAAAGUCGACAGAAGUGUCCGCCUGCUCGACAGCUUGUCGUCGGAGCGUGCAAGAUGGGAGGAAGGGAGCCGCUCGUUCGAGACGCAGAUUGGCACUCUUGUUGGUGACGUUCUGAUUGCGGCCGCGUUCCUUGCCUACGGUGGUUUCUACGAUCAGCAGUUCCGAAAGGCGAUGGUUGACGAUUGGGUUCACCACUUGGCACAGUCUGGCAUCAGCUUCAAGCCUCACAAUCCCAUCACGGAGUACUUGUCCAACGCUGACGAACGGCUAACUUGGCAAGACCAUUCGCUCCCCGUCGACGACUUGUGCACGGAGAACGCUAUUAUUCUCAAGCGCUUCAACAGAUACCCUCUAAUCAUCGAUCCCUCUGGCCGGGUCACGGAGUUCUUGCAGAAGGAGAACAAGGAAAGAAAGCUAACCGUCACAAGUUUCUUGGAUGACUCCUUCGUCAAACAGCUGGAAAGCGCGCUGCGUUUCGGAAACCCGAUCCUCAUCCAAGAUGCGGAACAUCUGGAUCCUAUUCUGAACCACGUGCUCAACAAGGAGUACCAAAAGACCGGUGGUCGUGUGCUUAUCCAGCUUGGCAGGCAAGAGAUUGACUUUUCACCGGCCUUCAAGCUGUUCCUCUCGACACGGGAUCCCUCGGCGUCGUUCCCCCCAGAUGUCUGCAGUCGAACGACAUUCGUCAACUUCACUGUCACGCAGAGCAGUCUGCAGACACAGUCCCUAAAUGAGGUGCUGAAAUUCGAGCGGCCCGAUGUGGACGAGCGCCGAACCAACCUUGUCAAGCUGCAGGGCGAAUUCAAGAUUCAUUUGCGCCAGCUGGAGAAGCGCUUGUUGCAAGCAUUGAACGAGUCUCGGGGCAACAUUCUCGACGAUGACAAUGUCAUCGAGACGCUGGAGACCUUGAAGAAAGAAGCAGCCGAGAUCUCCAAAAAGAUGGUGGAGACCGAGGGUGUGAUGACGGAAGUCGAGAAUAUCACAUUGCAGUACAACAUCAUCGCCCGGUCUUGCAGUGCGGUGUUUGCGGUGCUGGAGCAGCUUCAUCACAUUAACCACUUCUACCAGUUCUCUCUGCAGUAUUUUGUUGACAUCUUCAACUCCGUGCUCUACCAGAACAAGCGCUUAGCCCAGGAGAAAGAACACGCUGCGCGAGUCCAAAUCAUCCUGCGCGAUCUCUUCGUGACGACCUAUCAGCGUACGUCCUUAGGUCUCCUUCAAAAGGACCGCAUCACGUUGGCGAUGCUCCUAGCCCAGGCUGCUCCAUAUUCGAUGGACAAGAGUAUCAUCGACGGUAUCCUAGACGAAAGCGUCGAGGGAACAGAUCUGUCCACGGAACCGAGCGAAAUGAGGGAUCAAGUCUUGAGCAACCUUGCCAAUAUGUCUCUGUUCAGAUCCUACGUGGACGCGAUCACUCCGGAGCAGUGGACUCAAUUCUGCACCGAGGAGCUUGCAGAGAAUUUCAUUCCUGUGAUCUGGGAUGAGGGUACCGAACAGCUCGAUCAGCUACUUCGCUCCCUUCUCCUCGUGAAGCUGUGCCGGAUGGAUCGUUUCGUGCCCACGGCCGAACGAUUCAUUGCCGCCGUCUUUGGUCGCGAGUUCUUCGAGGGUAGCAGCGAUCUGCAGAACGUGGUCGAGCAGGUCACAGCCACUUCGCCUAUUUCACUCAGUUCCAGCCCAGGCUUCGAUGCCAGCUACAAGGUCGACGCGUUGGUGGAACGCAUGCACGCGACGUGUGCCAAUAUUGCCAUGGGCUCGAACGAAGGUCUCGAGAGUGCUGACAAGGCGAUUAGCAACGCCGCUGCUACCGGCAACUGGGUGUUGGUGAAGAACGUGCACCUUGCGCCAUCGUGGCUUCAAAGCUUGGAGAAGCGCCUGGACUCGCUCAAGCCUCACCGGGAUUUCCGGCUCUUCCUGUCGAUGGAGUCCAGCCCGAAGAUCCCCGUGAAUCUGAUUCGUGCCUCCCGGGUGCUCAUGUACGAGCAGCCCGCUGGUAUCCGGGCAAAUAUGAAGGAUUCGCUUUCCUCAUUGUCUUCGCGCGCCAGCAAGUCUCCUGUGGAGAAGGCUCGUGUCUAUCUCCUACUGUCUUUCUUGCACGCCGUCGUCCAGGAGCGGCUACGCUACGCACCUAGCCUAGGAUGGAAAGGAUUCUGGGAAUUCAACGAUAGUGAUUAUGAGUGCUCGGCAUAUAUCAUUGACCACUGGAUCGACUCAGUUUCGCAAGGUCGCUCGAACAUUGCACCUCAGAAACUGCCCUGGGAUAUGAUCCGAAUCUUGGUGAAGGAGACAUACGGCGGCAAGAUCGACGACGUGGGCGAUUUCGCGCAGCUGGAGGGUCUGGUCAAUCAGUUCCUGACGCCCGCCGCGUUCGAGGAUGAUUACAAGCUGGUGUCUGGGGUGGAGAAGGAUGACUGCCUGGCACUGCCCAGCCAGACGGGGCUGAACGACUUUGUACAAUGGGUCAACCGCUUGCCCGAGCGCGAACCCCCGACGUACCUGGGCCUGCCUGCCAAUGCGGAGAAGCUGUUGCUGGUCGGACAUGGCAAGAAGAUGGUCUCGGACCUGGCCAAGGUGGUGAAUCUGCUGGACGAGGGAGAGCAGUUGAUGGAUGCAUAG